AUGUAUCGGAACCACCCAUCUCCUUCGUAUUGCCAGGAAGAGGGCCAACUCGAUGCUCAUUAUGAGUAUCAAUACGAGACGCUCGCUCUAAGGGGGAGGGNNNNCUAUGGUCUCACGCCCAACUUGCAGACCUUCUUGAAGGAGUUUGCUGGUAUGGAAGAUAGUGGUGCCAACUCUUAUAUUUCUAUUUUCAAUUCGAUCAUUUAUUUGACCCCCCUAGUGUCGGCCGCCUUGUCCGAUACCAUCCUCGGUCUAUACGUCACGAUCGUCAUAUUUUCACUGAUCUAUGCAUGUGGGUUGGUUCUACUGACGCUAUCAGCAAUCGAGUCUAUCUCUGAACAAUGGAUGAUUGAUGUGGCACUACUUUUCCUUAUCGCACUCGGUGCUGGUGGUAUCAAGAGUUGUGUGAACAUCAUGGGGGCUCAGCAGUUUCACCCUGAGCACCAUAAGGACCUUAUCACGAGGUAUUACACCUAUUUCUAUGCUACCAUCAAUGUUGGUAGUAUUAUUGGUGGUAUCGUCUCCCCCAUCCUUGUGCAAGAGUGCUCCUUCUUUGUUGCUUUCCUCUUCAUCACAAUCGUCUUCUUGUGCGCCUGCGUGGUAUUCCUAUCGGGUGGUAUGUUGGGAAGAUACGUCAAGCCGAAGCCGCAGGGUUCGGCAGUUCUGAAAGUGGUUGAGGUCAUCGGUGUGGCAUGUACUAAGUUCUCAUUCGAGAAGUGUAAGAGGUCGAAGGGUGGUAAAUUCGACGAUUCUUUUAUUGAGGAUACGAAGUGCUUACUACGAUUGGUGCCCAUGUUUGUUAUUGUUAUACCUUUCCAAAUGGUCUACACUCAGAUGACUACUGCUUACUUGACUCAGGCAACAAAGAUGGAUACAGAUACUUUCGGUUGGGAUAUGCCCGCAGCAAUGUUCCAAAAUGUUGAUCCCUUCGCUGUUAUUGUUAACUCACUGAUAUUGGAUCAGCUUAUAUUCCCCUUCUUGCAAAAGAGGAAUAUGAUGCCCUCCGUGUUGGUGAGGUUCUGUCUGGGUUGCGUGGCUGGUGCAUGUUCCCUGCUAUGUGCUAUGGGGUUGGAGUAUGUUGUGAUGGCGAAACCUCUAUUCACUAUCUCAGCAUGGUGGCAGGUCCCCCAAUUCUGGCUUAUUGCUCUUGGUGAGUGUUUCCUAUUUGCUACUUCAUAUGAAGUCGCAUUCACUUACUCACCUGGGCAAUUGAAGGCGUGUGCCUCAGGGUUGAACUUGUUGUUCUUCUCCUUCGGCUCUAUGCUUUCGGCUGUCCUUUUCCAGGUCUGUUCACCUUGGUUACCUGAUUUCAAACCUGAUGAUCCUUCUACGUGGGGUGGUUCUCAUUACGAUUACUACUACAUGGUUCUAAUCGCUUUCUGCGUCCUGGGUGCUGUCGGUAGUCUAGCGCUGAUUCCGUACUUUAACAGAGUCGCCGCGGCCAACUUGGGUGUUGCUCAGAAGGAUGUGAAGCAAAUGAAGGAGGGUGAUGCUGAUACGGUCAUUGAUGGUUUCGAUGGGGAGUCGUCGAAGUCUGCCGUGAAGUCCGACCGUGUUGUUGUUGAUCUGGAAGGUUGA